AUGCACGGAGAGGGUGCAAGCACAUUGCAAUCCUCAUUGCAGUCCUACCAAGAGGGUGGUCUGCUAGAACUUGCCCGGCGACGCUUUGUGGCCUUUCUCUCGAAUGUGGAACUGGAGGAAGCGGUGCUCUGCUGGCGGCGGAAGCUCGCGGAGCGGUUUGGCCUGGAGCUUCUGCCGGAGUCCGCAUGGCCCGAGCCCUUCAUCAGGAAGCGUCAAAAGUUUGGAGAUCCAGGUGCUGCCAUGGCCGCUUGCGCUGCGGCAUGUGACCAGGAGUUCCUGCUCUUCUUGGAGGAUGAUUUUCACCUUGUCACGAGGCCGGGUGAGCUGGUCCAGCAUCGCUUGGAGGCAGCGAUGUUCGCCAUGAAGUCCAGCGAACAGGAGAGGCAAGCUGCAGGCCGCGCGGCCUUGCUAGGGGUGCAUUUGCGGCACAAGCUCUUCUUCGGGCCGCCCUUCUAUGAGAUCUUGACAGCACGUCAGCAUGGCGAACCCCCGUCGCCGUACACGGCCUGGUACUUCAGCUCAGAUCCUGUGAAGAGCUCAUUUCCGGACAAUCUUUGGGAGCCUCCGUUCUGGGACUCUGGCCAGGAGUGCGACUCGGAUCGGAAGUCUUGGUACCGGACCCUGCAGUUUCAAAGAGAUGCAGCGAUCGCAUCGGAAAAGUCGCGAGGCAGUCCCUAUGAGGCUGCUCCGGGGGAUGAGGCUGCUGCCCGUGUCUGGUGGUGUUCCAAUGGCUCCUCUGUGCUUUGCACUUCCACCGCUGCGCACCGAGAUCCCUUUCGCAGCCUCAUGUACAGCACCAAUCCGAUGCUCUUCCGUACGACGACUUGGCGCUUGCACAUCAUGAGUUACAUGGCCGUUCUUCAGGAUUUGCGCGCAGUGGAGGAAACAAUCACGAGCUCAUACUCGUGGCGUGUCCAACCGACCUUUGAGCUCGGCCUGUCUUUGGGCCUUUUCCGGCACCAACGCAUCGAUCGCAGGCUCAUGCCGGAUCCUGACGAGGACCCGCUGGCCGCCCAAUGCAUGGAGGCGUAG